AACACACUGUUCGGAAGUGGCGUUCUGCAUUUGGCAUGCGCAUAUUAUCGAGGAAGAAAAACACCAGUGUGAACCGACGGCAUAGAAUUGUAAACAUUAGCAACCUGGGCGACUUCUGUACGUCGUUAGGAUGGAAAUAUAAGGUUAACCUCAAGGUGUGGGACCAAACAUUAUUCAUCAGUGCAUGGAAGCAAAGCCAAUGCGCAGGGCCACCAGCGCACGCCAAGACGCCACUGGAAUGGACAUCACCAGCCGCUGUACUCUGGGGGACCCCAACAAACUCCCUGAAGGGGUCCCCCAGCCUGCACGCAUGCCCUACGUCUCGGACAAACACCCACGGCAGACCCUGGAGGUGAUCAACCUGUUGAGAAAACACCGUGAGCUCUGUGACGUGGUGCUGGUGGUGGGUGCCAAGAAGAUUUACGCUCAUCGUGUGAUCCUGUCUGCCUGCAGCCCGUACUUCAGGGCCAUGUUUACUGGAGAGCUGGCUGAAAGCAGGCAGACUGAGGUAGUUAUCCGUGACAUCGAUGAGAGAGCCAUGGAACUGCUCAUUGACUUUGCCUACACCUCACAGGUGACUGUAGAGGAGGGGAAUGUCCAGACGUUGCUCCCCGCAGCCUGCCUUCUCCAGCUGGCUGAGAUCCAGGAGGCCUGCUGUGAAUUCCUUAAGAGGCAGCUGGAUCCUUCCAAUUGUCUGGGCAUCAGGGCCUUCGCUGACACACACUCCUGCCGUGAGCUGCUCCGCAUUGCAGACAAAUUCACCCAGCACAAUUUUCAGGAGGUAAUGGAAAGUGAAGAGUUCAUGCUGCUGCCGGCUAACCAGCUGAUUGACAUCAUUUCCAGCGAUGAGCUCAAUGUGCGGAGCGAAGAGCAGGUUUUCAAUGCUGUGAUGGCCUGGGUGAAAUACAGUAUCCAGGAACGCAGACCACAACUACCCCAGGUCCUGCAGCAUGUCCGUCUACCGCUCCUCAGUCCCAAGUUUCUGGUGGGCACUGUGGGUUCAGAUCCUCUCAUAAAGAGUGACGAGGAGUGCAGAGACCUGGUUGAUGAGGCUAAGAAUUACCUGCUGCUGCCACAGGAGAGGCCACUGAUGCAGGGCCCCAGGACGCGGCCCAGGAAACCCAUCCGCUGUGGAGAGGUACUUUUUGCGGUCGGUGGCUGGUGCAGCGGAGACGCCAUUUCCAGCGUGGAGCGUUAUGACCCUCAGACCAACGAGUGGCGGAUGGUAGCAUCGAUGAGUAAACGGCGAUGUGGAGUCGGCGUUAGUGUUCUGGAUGACUUGCUGUAUGCGGUGGGAGGUCACGAUGGCUCGUCGUAUCUCAACUCUGUAGAGAGAUAUGAUCCUAAGACCAACCAAUGGAGCAGUGAUGUGGCUCCUACAAGCACUUGCCGUACCAGUGUGGGUGUGGCUGUCCUUGGUGGUUAUCUGUAUGCUGUAGGAGGACAGGAUGGGGUUUCCUGUCUCAACAUUGUGGAAAGAUAUGAUCCUAAGGAGAACAAAUGGACUCGUGUGGCCUCCAUGAGCACCAGGCGACUGGGUGUGGCUGUGGCUGUGCUGGGGGGUUUUCUGUAUGCUGUGGGAGGGUCUGAUGGGACGUCACCAUUAAAUACAGUGGAACGCUACAACCCUCAAGAGAACCGCUGGCACACUGUAUCGCCAAUGGGGACCAGGAGGAAGCACCUUGGCUGUGCAGUCUACCAGGACAUGAUUUACUCUGUUGGAGGGAGAGACGACACCACAGAGCUGAGCAGUGCAGAGCGAUACAACCCCAGGACCAACCAGUGGUCUCCUGUGGUGGCCAUGACAUCCAGACGGAGCGGGGUGAGUGAGUGAGUGACUGUGGUGAAUGGUCAGCUGAUGGCAGUAGGAGGCUUUGAUGGGACGACGUAUCUCAAAACUAUAGAAGUAUACGACCCUGAUGCCAACACAUGGAGGUUGUACGGAGGAAUGAACUACCGCCGGCUAGGUGGGGGGGUAGGUGUCAUUAAAAUGACUCAUUGUGAAUCCCACAUAUGGUAACACCACCGCCCCAACCCCCCCCACUCACACACUCACUUCCCAUCACGUUGCAAGGGAUGCCUCUUUUCACCAACUCUCGUGCCUCCAAAAGACACGCUGUUAAGUCAUGCGAGGAUCAGAGAAACGUGGGGGGGAGACGAGACAGAAAGAGAAACAAACUUUUGAACUCUAUUCAUCCCCAUCCCCCCUCUCUAAGGUGAUUACCUUUGGUUGUCUUCGAUUGACCAUGGUCACCGUGAAGUGCACUGAGAGCAGAAGUCUACAAAGAACCAUUAAGCUUCCAGUUAGGAGAGGAUGGUCCUUCUCCUGUGACCUCUCCAAGUGUCCAUCCGCCAGGCCUCUCGGCCUGGGACAUUUGAAUGGAAUGGAGCUAGACUUGAUUGAGUUUGCUGUUCGGGGAGAUGAUUUUACGUUUCUGAGGUUUAAGAAGAUCAAAAGCAUCAGGUCACUGGAAGAGGGCUUUUUUCAGUCUUUCCAACUGAGAUAGCCUCCAUCAGCAUCCCUUGUCUUAAAAGGCCUUCCCCGAAAUUCUGGCUCAUGACAACUGCCCUGAAUGAGUUAAGAAACCGCUAGAAGACCAGAAAAGCUUCUGUUUAUUGUGUGAAGUUUAUUAUUUCCUGGAGACACAGCAUUGAUACUGACUGCUCCCUCACUCUGUCUCUCCUAGGCUUUAGGAUUUGAAGUAUACACCUCAGCUGUGGCUGUUAGGUCUCUGGGCCUCAUGUGUAGCAUUGAAUACUGGUAAAGUGUGAAGUAGUUUCCUUCUGCAUUUAAGCUGUCACUUGGAUACCCAGAACAGAUUCUAUCUCUUUUUGCCACCAAGGGAGAUUAUUAGCAGGAGAAGGAGGAAGCCACUGCGACUCAAACUUACUGUCACUCAGUGGGACUGCUGCACUUUACAGGAGGCUACUGUAGCUUUCUGUUAACUUGGAUGUUUAAAGAUUUCAGUUCAGAUGGUCACAUACCAUGUGGCCUGUUAGACAACACAACCCUUAAGUGGAAAGAUCUUAGACACCAAAAUCAUCCAAUCAUGUCGCUGGUUUAUUGAUGGCUCCAGCACUGAGCCUUAAGGCCACAGUAUGCUUAAAACGAACCAGGUCAUCUCUCUGUGUCAGGUGAGAAGGUUUUUAUACCUCUCCUAAAUGGCAGCACUCAAAGGCCUGCCAUCAUAGCCUCCUGCUGGCUGCAUCACGCUGCUUUUUGCGGGACUUCACAGUCUCAACACAUUGUAAUAAGUGUACAAAUGGGUAUAACGAUGUACAUUUUUUGACAGUCUUUCUCCUCGAAGACAGCAUGGUGUUGCACUCGGUUCCAUGCUUUAACGGUGUUGUGUGAUACAAGGGAAAAAAUGAGAGCUUUAAAGUUCAAACCCUGCCUACUUUAACACAGAGAGCUGGCCAAUCACUGUGUAAGGUGGGUGUGCUUGUCAGAUUGUCUGUUUUGGAAAGUUACAAAAAUUGUCCCCUGGAUUCUGCCAUUGGAAAGGGGUUUUGAGACCAUGUUGGAUGAUCUGAAAAACAUUUCGUUUGAAGUGCCCUGAGGUCUUAACAGUGUCAUAUAGUGUGUUUUGAUUGUAUGUUGCCGGUGUGACCUCAGAAGUGGAUAAAGUUAAAAGGAUAACGCUGGUGAUAUUAUUAUUUGUUGUCAACAACUCCCAUGGAAAGACCAAAACCAACAAGGUGUUAAUCUUUCAGUACUUUCCAACUUUUCAGCCUGUCUGUCCAUUAAUUCAUCUCGAAGACGUUUGGCUCAGCAUUAUCCUAAAUCCUGGUUAAUGUAGUUUUUAACAUUUUAACAUUACUCAAAGAGGAGGAAAUUGUGCAUUUGAUGGGACUACUUUCAGAUGCGGAUUAAUCCACAUUUGAUUCUCUGGUGUGGGUUUUUUUUUUUUUUUAACCAAUGGAGCUCUAUGACACAUAGGAAUAAGAUACUAUAUCAGGUUUUGGUAAAACGCACUACUUGUUAGUGGGAUACAUUAAUUGUUGGUUUUGGAGUUUGCAUGGAAUUUGUUCACAGGAAGAAAAAUGCACAAUAUAAUCAGACUUACCCUUUGUUAUAAUUUAAAAUUAAUCCCUAAUGUAAAAUCAAGCCCUAAUGUGUUGGAUUGGAGAUUGGAAAAUCCAAUAUAAUACAAACAUGCUGCUUUGAAAUACUACAUUACUACAUUACCCUGUUUCCAUACAGAAGUGAGAGAUUGUGUGUUUACAGCCCAGGUCAUAAAAUGACUUACAGUUGUUGGUGUUUGCGUUGAAUACGGGAGUCAGUGAUCUACCGUGGACCCAAAUGAGUAUAGUAUCUCUGUCUAAAAAAGGGCUGCUUAAGCCCAUGAUGCAAGAAAUACGCUCAGUUUCACAUUAAAAAUUUUAUGAUCAUGUAAAUAUUUUAUGUCAUAAGUUUUUCAGGCAUCCGUUGAAGAUGCUGAUCACCUCCGGGUGAUAGAUUUACCACAACAUGGACAGCGCAGAUGCUCCAGUUCAGUUGAGAAACGUUAAUACAGACUGUUGGAUUCUCAGUCAUUUAAUAGUACAUUGGAUAGGACGGCAUCAUAUAGUCUAAUCAUAUUUCAAAAUUCAGUAGUUUUGUAGUAUAUAAAAUGUGAAGAUUUCAUUUUUCUGAUGUUCCUUAGUGGCCUUGGUAACAAGAAUCAGGGAGCUGUUGAACCCAGAAUUAAACCCACUUUAUGUAGCUGGAUUAUUAUUACACCCUUGUAACAUCAAAAUCUGGCUCCCGUCCUGCAACAAAUUCAAAACAUUGGAGAGAAAAAUAACAGUGGCCUAUGAACAAUGCAGCAAAGCAUAUUUAGCCCAGUUUGUCUGUAGAAGAAUUAACCACAUUAAUAUAAUUCUUAACUUUAUAUGCAUUAAUAAAAUAACACCAACUUCUGCAGUAGUUAGCGAUUGUUUUUCUUUACACAACCAUGGGGUUUUGAGACACAGGUCACUUUUGUUCUGCAUACACAGUUUCCCAUAUUUUUGUUUUCUAAUGUCCUCAUAUGCAGUACAGUGGAACAGCACCACCGGCUGGAUGACAGUUAUAGUGCAGUACUGAUAUGGACGAUCCUCUGCAGUUCUCUUAAUCUCAGCUCACACUUUGAGUAGAUGGUGGAUUGGCUUGUGUUAAUCUUAUCAUAAUUUAUUGCACUGUGAUUGGAAAUGUAUUUUAGAUUUUAUCUUUUUUUUUUCUUAAUUGUAUUUUUUUUUUAUGGGUGUUUAACUUUCCAGAUUUGGGGGUGGGGGUCUAAAAUGAUCGCAGAUCAACUUGGGAAUCAGACAUUUCAGGCCUCACACUGAUGAUGGCUUUGACGCUGUGCAUUUCUUUCAUAGAUGCGACACUACAUGUUUUGACUUUCUCUUUGUAACAUCACAGUUCUGCACUUAAAAAAGUGUGCGGAACAAAUGCAUUGCUUCAAGUGCCAGCUGACAGGCUGUUGUUAUGCAUUAAGAUAGCCACGUGUUGAUAAGCAAGCAGGUCCUCACCUGAAUACUAGUGUUAAUGUUCAAAUCUAGAUUUUGUCGGGUUUUCGUUCUCUCGGUUAGUGGGGGGGUUUCAAGUCACAGGAACACUGUUAGGCUGAUAAUGUGUUUGCUGAAUGCAAAUCUUCAUGUUGAAAAUGUUUAUGCUUUUGGAUGUUUUGCAGUCCCAUACAGUAUAUUGAUGUUCACAUGACAUGUAGAAUCUGACCAUUUCAUGUAUUUUUCCAAAAUUGAAACAUUGGUACAACACACUUUACAUACCGAUUGUGAAAAAUGCUUAGUGUCUGUCUAGUAGAGGGAAUAUAAUCCCCUUUGCUGAAGAAAACAUUAUGCAGUCUGGCCAACUGUAAUAUGCUUUUUCUGGAAAAAUCUCCAAGUAUAUGUUGCUGUUUUUCACUGCCACAGCAUUACGAGGAAACCCCACUCACUCAAGGUUUUUAUUGAGAUAAAGGUUAUUGCUUUGGUCCGGGGCCCCCCCGGUUAGCGUCCAGUAGCUGUCCUGUGAGAAGCGUAUUUUUACAAAAACAAAAUACCUUGUUUUCAACUUUGUGACUGUAUUUUUCAGAGAAUGCAAGUUAUCUUCAAAUUUCCAGAAACUGCUCGACUGCUCUUAUUUUACCUCUGCUGAUAUAUCUUUUUUUUCUCAACAUCUUCAACUCUAGUCUUAAUUUUCUUACAACGGCUCUGCUAAUGCAUUUUAUAGAUAAGUAAGUAUCGAUUAGGCCGUCUUAGACUAAAUUAGUACUACUGUAUUUGGCUCCCAAACUGAGUGAGUUUCCCUUUAAUCGUGAGCUACUAAUGAUGCAUUUGUGACUGUGAUGAACCGAAAUCAACCAGCCUUCACUCAUUAGACUAUAUUUAACUAUCUUGUUUUGAGUAGCCUCUGUGCAGUCUGUCCUACACGUGACCCAAACGUGGUUGUGAUCUCUGGUGUCUGUUUCCAUGAAUCAAGCAGCCAUCUCUCAGCUGUGAUCACUACAGCAGUUCUGGACCAUGUUCACUAUGACAAGGAUUAAACUUUUU